GUGUGUGUGUGUGUGUGUCUGCACCAUCCCCGCAGCCUCCACCACUCCAGCGCGCCGCCGCUGCGGGCUCUUGCGGGGAUCGAGCAGCUCAUCGCGGCGGAGCUCCGCUCGCCUCCCCGGGCCUCAGUCUGGACCUCGGCCGGAGCUCCGCGCUCCUGCGCCGGGCUGCGUGUGCGGGAGGAGGCGGCAUGCGGGGCGCUGCGCGCGGCAGUCGUUGAGGUUAAACCCUCCGUCCUAAAACGUCGCGUCGCGUGACUAUUUAUUUCGUUUGGCGGCGUUUGGGCCGGACGGGAGCGGGGCUCGGCGGCGGGACAUGCGGGCAGCGUGUGCGGAAGCCCCGGGUGUGACUGCAGGUGGAUGGCCCGCCUGACGCUCCCCGCCGCCGCCGCAGCAGCAGCCGCCGCUCCGCCUCCAGCCGGAGCCGCACACUGAGCACCGAGCCCCGCACCGCCCCGCGCCGAGCCGAGCCGAGCCGAGCCCAGCCAUGCUGCCCGGGGUGGGGGUGUUCGGCACCGGCCUGACCGCCCGGGUCAUCGUGCCGCUGCUGAAGAACGAGGGCUUCGCCGUGAAGGCGCUGUGGGGCCGCACGCAGGAGGAGGCGGAGGAGCUGGCCCAGGAGAUGAACGUGCCCUUCUACACCAACCGGAUCGACGACGUGCUGCUGCACCAGGACGUGGACCUGGUCUGCAUCAACCUGCCGCCGCCCCUCACGCGCCAGAUCGCCGUCAAGACGCUGGGUAUCGGCAAGAACGUGAUCUGCGACCGGACCGCCACGCCCCUGGAUGCCUUUCGAAUGAUGUCAGCGGCCCAGUACUACCCCAAGCUGCUGAGCAUCAUGGGAAAUGUGCUGCGCUUCCUGCCGGCUUUUGUCCGAAUGAAGGAGCUGCUGGAGGAAGGAUACGUCGGAGAGCUUCUGGUCUGUGAGGCUCAGGUCCACGGCGGCAGCCUCCUGGGGAAGAAGUACAACUGGAGCUGCGACGACCUGAUGGGGGGCGGCGGCCUGCACUCGGUGGGCAGCUACAUCAUCGACCUGCUGACCUUCCUGACGGGCCAGCGCGCCGCCAAGGUCCACGGCUUCCUCAAGACCUUCGUCAAGCAGACGGACCACAUCCGGGGGAUCCGCCAGAUCACCAGCGACGACUUCUGCACCUUCCAGAUGGUUCUGGAAGGAGGCGCCUGCUGCACCGUCACGCUCAACUUCAACGUCCCCGGCGAGUUCCGGCAGGAGGUGAUCGUGGUGGGGACGGUCGGCCGGCUGACGGUGACGGGGACGGACCUGUACGGCCAGAAGAACGGCGGCGGCGGCGGUCCGGAGCUGCUGCUGAAAGACGCCACGCCGCUGGAGAAGGCCUCGCUACCGGAGAAGGCCUUCAGCGACAUUCCCUCGCCGUACCUCACCGGCACCAUCCGCAUGGUCCAGGCGGUGCGGCAGGCGUUCCAGGACCAGGACGACCGCCGCACCUGGGACGGCCGUCCCCUCACCAUGGCGGCCACCUUCGAGGACUGCCUGUACGCGCUGUGCGUGGUGGACGCCAUCAAGAAGUCCAACCAGUGCGGCGAGUGGCAGAACAUCGUGGUGAUGACGGAGGAGCCGGAGGUCAGCCCCGCCUACCUGAUCAGCGAGGCCAUGCGGCGCAGCAGGAUGUCGCUCUACUGUUAGCGUCCGGCGGACGCCGGUCCUGAUCCGGUUUGAUCCGGUCCGCCGGGUUCCUGGAAACGCACUGUGACGAACUAUCUAUUUAUUGGGACGUCUUUUGAGUCCGCUGGAGAGAAAAGUGGCGACGUGACGUGGAGACGUAUCACCAGAUCUGGUCGGUUCGCUUCCAGUGUCCCCAUUUCUCAAACGGACACCGAGACCGGCGUCUCCUGGGACUCGCUCUCAUGAUGCUGGACUCCGAAGGACUCGCUAGUUCUACCAAGUGAAUGUUAAACCGAUCAAACGGCGGCGGUCUGGCUGCCCUGCGCUUCUGUCCCACUCCACAGGAAAUCAAUCGAUUGGCUGCCGGGGCUUUCCCACCGCGCCGACAACAGCCUCUCGCGGGUGUUUGUAGUGAAACCGUCUACUGAGCAUGUGCAGAACCGUCGAGCGUCAGCGUUUUCCCUUCGGACCGCUGAAAACGGCGACUCGUCCUCGAGCGGUCCAACGCCGCUUUAGUCUCCCCUGCUGUGUCCGUGCCGCCAAGUCCAUUUAUUUAUGAUUCUGCUUCAGGUUUCAGAGCCGUGCCGGAUCCGGGUCCAGACUUUAAAUACAGCUGAGAAAUCGUGUCAGUGACCCUGACGUCUGGACCGGUCCGGUCCGGUCCGGUCAGGACCUGUUCUCGUCCAGAACCCGUCUGGAGUUCUGCUCCUCCCUUCUUCAGCCACAUCCGCCGGAAAACGCCAGUUUAAAGCGACUUUUCCUGAUUUCUCGUUUCUCUGAGCAGCAGUGUGAGAAACCGUCUGAUCCCUGCUUUUAUUUUGAAAUACACUUUUUAAUUUAUUUACCUCCCAGGAUUCUUUUGUUCUGUCUCCAAUAACAGUUUGUAAAUGUAAAAAAUUAAACUAAAUCCAAAACAAAAGUCUAAAAAAGGACAGUUCACAAUAUCUUUAACAUCUUCAAAAAAAAAGUUACAUUUAAGAAUAAAAAUGAAUAAAAUGACUAAGCUAGUUUCAAUGGAUAAAUGUAAGAAUAAAUUCAAAAAAUAUAAUAAAAUUGACAUUUUCUGAUAAUUAUCAAAGCUCAGCCAUAAAUGUCGACCUUUGACCUAAAUCAACCAGUUUAAGAGUUACAAAAUAAAAGUGAAGUAGCAGCUCAAGAACAUUUAAUCCAAAUUUAUUUCACUGAAUGUCUAAAUAUCACGGAAAUGAUUCACUAAAUACAGUAAAUGGUCAUUUUUACUCACAUUAAUUCAGCUAGUUAGCAGAUGGGGGAAACGUUUAGCAGUUAGCUUCAGCUAGCUAACAGAUGGCGUUAAGCGUUUGGCAGUUAAACCAUUGAAAUUUUUUUUUAAAAAUCAGGACUAAACGUCAGAUUUCCUUAUUGGUUUAAAGUUCAGGUAGAAAGAUGAAACGCGCCGUUGCUGCGUGAAGCUGGAGUUGAAACAUUAGCUUUAGCGUACGCUAGCUAGCGGCUGGAGAGCGUUGACUGGGGAAUACUUCAGCUAAUAACUCCCGUUUUCUCCAGGAAAACAGAAUUAUUUCCACCCUGAAGGUGUGUGAGUGCCGGCAGCAGCUGGAUGAAGGUCAGAGAGACGUUUUCGUUGGUGGUUUUUUUUUUCCCGAAACAGUUUUAAAAAAGUUCCACCGUUAGCAUGAUUCAGUCCGACACCUCUGGAGCCAAAAGAUUGAUUUUCCUGCUGUGCUUGUCCUUUCUGCUGAAAUGCUCUUUCCGUAACGACUACUGAAAAUGUACAGAAGAAAAUAUUCUAUCGCAGCUGUGUGCGUCUGUCUGCAGAAAUAAGAGUCCUGUAUGUAUUUUAUUGUGAAAAACCAGGGAGCUGGACGUGUCGAGGUAUUUAUUCUGUGUUUUCUUGCCGUUGACGUGUUGCGCGGAAUCGACCGAGGCCUUCUGCAGCGUCCGGCCGCCGAUUCCACCAGACGCCGGCUGGACGUUUGUCUUUUAUUGUGAAAAGCUUUACGAUGCAAACUGUUAAAAACCAACACAUCCUGCA